AUGGACUUUAUGUCGAACAUGAACGAUGACAACAAUACAAGAGUGCUAUACGAGCGAGUUUUGAGUGAGGAGACGGACAAGAUGGAGAGUGUAUGGAAUAAGUACCUGGAUUUCGAAUGUCAUGUUGGCGAUCUUACCUCGAUUCUCAAGGUCGAGAACAGACGCCUAGAAAGAAUUCUAAGGCCGGUCACCGACGAGUUGUUGUUGGGAGAAGGAACGCAGAAGGAAAAACGCAACGAGUCCGCGCUCUUGAUAGACAGGUAUCGUUUCUUGGAUCUAUUCCCGUGUACGAGAGAGGAACUGCGCUCUAUGGGCUAUAAGGAUGCGGGUUCAUUGAUGUCGGAGCUCAUUCCAUCUGCUGAGAAGGCGCCAAAAACACCGCAUCAGGUCAUGAAUCAAACCGUGCAUCAUCAAAAUGGAGGAUCGAACAUUCCCGUUGAUGACAUUGGAUACGCAAAGCCAGACACCAACCAUAUGAUUCCAUUCAAGCCCAGACGAAUUCCAGUUCCGGGGUCGCACCCUGUUUCCGGCGGCGAAUUCCCCAUGCCACAGGCCGCCCACAAUGCAUUGAAACUGAUGCCCCCGCCAGUCUGCUUCCAUGGGCCGUUUGUUAGAGUUGACGACCUGAUUGACAAGUUCAGGAGUGGAGAAAUUCCCAAUAUCGACGAAUUCGUCCGGACAAAGAACACAAAACUCGGCCAGAAACGGAAUGCCCAAAACAAGAACGACGAAGCAGCGAUGGCAAACGACGUUUUCCGACAGCGACAACAAAAGCGCGCGAAAACAUAA